UAAGCAGCUGUUCAAGAAGUAGUAUGUAAUCGACAAAGAGACGAAACAUAAGAAUUAGAUCGAAUUCGACUUGAUCUUGAUACAUUGAUACCAUACUUUACAUUCGAAUUAAUAAGUUAACAGCAUAUCGUUAAUAGGAUUAUAGAAAUACUAACACAUAAAUAAAUAAGGAAUAAUCUAAUUUAUAGUAUUAGAUAUAGUAAUUCAAUAUAGAUGUUUAAUCUAUUAUCGUAUUUUUGCAUGUUAUAAGAAGCAUUUACAAUAUGGACAAACCUGUAUCUUCAGAUAUUGUACUCAUUGCGGGCAAUUCCCAUCCAGAAUUGGCUAAUCUUAUUGCCAAUCGAUUAGGUGUUAAACAUGGAGGAUGUUCUGUGUAUCAUAAAUCAAACCGUGAAACUAUGGUUGAAAUUGGAGAUUCUGUGCGUAGCAAAGACCUCUAUAUUAUUCAAACGGGAACAAAAGAUGUAAACAAUAACAUAAUGGAACUUUUGAUUAUGGCAUAUGCAUGCAAAACUUCUUCUGCAAAGAAUAUUGUCGGCGUAAUUCCAUAUUUGCCUUAUUCUAAGCAAUGCAAAAUGCGUAAACGAGGUUGUAUAGUUUCUAAAUUAUUAGCAAAGAUGCUCUGUAAGAGUGGUUUAACACAUAUAAUUACAAUGGAUUUGCACCAGAAGGAAAUACAGGGAUUUUUUGAUGUACCAGUGGAUAAUUUGCGUGCUAGUCCCUUUUUAUUACAAUAUAUUCAAGAAUCUAUACCAGAUUAUCACAAUUCAGUGAUAGUUGCAAGAAAUCCUGGUAGUGCAAAAAAAGCAACUAGCUAUGCAGAAAGAUUACGUUUAGGAAUAGCAGUCAUUCAUGGAGAACAACGAGAGGCAGAGUCAGAUAUGAAUGACGGACGUUAUUCUCCACCUGCAUUGGCCUCACGAACAAUGGAAGUUGGCGUUGGUGUGCCAAUGCAUCCUGCAAAAGAAAAGCCUCCGAUUAAUGUAGUGGGGGAUGUAGGCGGACGCAUAGCUAUUAUGGUGGAUGAUAUGAUAGAUGAUGUUCAAUCAUAUGUAGCUGCAGCAGAAGUUCUUAAAGAAAGAGGAGCAUAUAAAAUUUAUGUUCUAGCUACGCAUGGACUUUUAAGUUCUGAUGCACCAAGAUUAAUAGAAGAAUCUCCAAUUGAUGAGGUCGUUGUUACAAAUACUGUUCCUCAUGACGUCCAAAAGAUGCAGUGUCCAAAAAUAAAAACUGUUGAUAUCAGUAUUUUGCUGGCAGAGGCUAUUAGGCGUAUUCAUAAUAAAGAAUCCAUGUCAUACUUGUUUAAAAAUGUCUCUUUGGAAGAUUAAAAAUUACAAUGAGAUAAUAUCUUUCAAACAUACUGACAGUUUCCAUAUCUGAGGACCAUAUGCAAAACAUAUCUAUUAAAUUUUGUCUAUUACUUUAUUUUAUGAAGAAUUAAUCAUGCUAGUCCUGUUUUAUAUAGAUACACACGCGCGCGCGCACACACACACACACACACACAUUUGAAUUGCUUGACAAUUUCUAUACAUUUAAGUUUCUGUAUAUCUGAACUGAUAACUGAUAAACUUACAUAAAAUAGAUUGCAAGAUUUUGGUUUUAGUUGUA